AUGUGGGCGCAGGCAAAGCUAAACAGGUCAAAUUUAUUCUGCCUAAGCCUACUCCGAAAUGGCAACCGAAUCCUACAACCAAAAAAACGAAGUGAUGAAGUGGAGAAAGAAGCUUCAACUUCGGGGUUCACAAGAAAAGAAAAGGAUAGUGUUGUGGUUGAUAUCGAUGGCAGUGUUACAGCGUCGGCAAGCCAACUUGUUCCAGGAAAAUCCAAUUCAAGCUCGGUCACUCCACCAUCAACAAUUGUUGAGAAGUCAAGUGAUGUAGUAGAAACAACCCCAGUGGAUGUUAAUGGUCAAAAUGCCCUAACAGUUUUGGCGGAUGUUGAAGAUGAAGUGCAUGCGCAACAGCGUGCUGUCUGUCAAAAGCACGCUGAGAAACAGCAUGCUGACUCGCCAAAGCGCGCUGUUACCAUAGAAAAUUCUAGAAUUCUAGUUGAUAAUCAGGAUGUAAUUUCCAAGGAUUAUGAUGAUGCGAAUGAUGCGGAUGAUGAGGAGGAUGAGGUUGAAGAGGUUUUUUCAGAAUUUGUUCCUCCACCUUUUGUAUCGAAUCCACUCUCGCUAAUUUCACCAUCCCAUGGUAGAGAAAAGUUAUAUUUAAAUGAGGAUGGAUGCAUUGAUAUGAACUCAUCUGAUUUAGAAGUCAUUCGUGAACAAACGAAUCGUUGGUCUGAUGGAGAAAUAGUGGAUGCCCUUUUUGAUGAUGAAUUUAUCACUGUUAAAAGGAAGAGAGGAAGAAAGACCAAGGAAGAGAGACUCAAGUUACAGGAAGGCCUUGUUCCAAGGCGUUCUCCCCGAGGUAUUCGGAAAGAUGCAUCACAGAGACGCCUCAAGGCUUUAAUUAAGAUGCAUUUGAUAAAACUUUUUGUUCUACUUGAGCCGAUGUUGGAGAAUGCUAAAAUUGAUAAAAUUGAAAUUGUUCUUGGAUUCGAUUACGCUGUGGCUUCGGAUUCUGAAUACUCAAGCAUUGCGGUGCAAGACCAUGGUGCUAUUGAUGAAUUCAAUGAAUGUGUUGAUUCCUGUGACCUUACUGAGCUGAAUAUGGCGGGCGAAGAGUUCACAUGGGGUGGGACGAGAAAUACGGAAGAGCGAGGGUUCGACAAUAUGGCAAGUCAGGAGACUUUUCUUCAGCACAUUCCAAAUGUUCUAGAUGAUGUGGAUCAUGGUCUCCUUUUGGCGGAUUUGACAAUUGAUGAGAUUAAAGCUGCUAUUGAUGGUUUGGAUGGGAACCAGGCUAUUGAGCCUCUAAAGGGAAUCCUUGCAGAGUUAGAACACCGUUGUCAAACAUUUUUGUGGCAAGGCACGGAUGAUCAUAGCAAGCGGCAUUGA